CCUCGUGCCGCCCGUCGGCGGAGCCCCUCCCCCGGCAGCGGGGUCCCCCCUGAGCCCCCCGGGUUUGGGGUCCCAGCCCCGCAGCACCCCCCAGUUUUGGGGUCCCAGGCAGAGAGAACCCCCGAACCCGCUGAUUUGGGGUCCCAGGCACAGGGAACCCCCCAAUUUUUGGGGUCCCAGGCAUACAGGACCCCCUGACCCGCUGAUUUUGGGGGUCCCAGCCCCAGAGCAUGCCCCGGUUUGGGGGUCCCAGGUACAGAGAAUCCCCCGGUUUUGGGGUCCCAGGCACACGAGCACCCCCGAACCCGCUGGUUUUGGGGUCCCAGGUAGACAGGACCCCCUGACCCGCUGGUUUUGGGGUCCCAGCCCCCAGAGCACUCCCCGGUUUGGGGGUCCCAGGUACAGAGAAUCCCCCGGUUUUGGGGUCCCAGGCAUACAGGACCCCCUGACCCGCUGAUUUGGGGUCCCAGCCCCAGAGCAUGCCCCGGUUUUGGGGUCCCAGGCACAGGGAACCACCCCAGUUUUGGGGUCCCAGGUAGACAGGACCCCCUGACCCGCUGGUUUUGGGGUCCCAGCCCCAGAGCACUCCCCGGUUUUGGGGUCCCAGCCCCAGAGCACGCCCCGGUUUUGGGGUCGCAGCCCCCCCGCGGCCCCGUUCCGGGAUGGACACGCCGGAGCCGGGCAGCGCGGCCGAGGAUGAGGAGGAGAAGGUUCCAGAAGUUCGGCCUCGCACCCGCUCUAACCCCGAGGGCGCCGAGGACCGAGCCCCGAGCGGCCCGGGCGGCGCGGCCGUGGGCAACCGCGGCGAGGCUGUGGGCAACCGCGGCGAGGCCGUGGGCAACCGUGGCGAGGCCGUGGGCAACCGCAGCGAGGGCGAGGGCGAGGCGGCGAGCGCCGGGCACAGCCCGCAGGGCGGCCCCGGGCAGCCUGGCACGGCCUGGCACGGCCCGGGCGGUGCCCAGCACGGAGAGGUGACCGUGAGAACCCCCCGGGUGAACUGCCCCGAGAAGGUGAUCAUCUGCCUGGACCUGGCCGAGGAGAUGGCAGUGCCCAAACUGGAGUCCUUCAACGGGAGCCGCAGCAAUGCCCUGACCGUGGCACAGAAGAUGAUCGAGAUGUUCGUCAGGACCAAACACAAAAUCGACAAAAGCCACGAGUUCGCCCUGGUGGUGGUGAACAACGACGUCACCUGGCUCUCGGGGUUCACGUCGGACCCACGCGAGGUUUGCAGCUGCCUCUACGACCUGGACACCGUCGUGUGCCAGUCCUUCAAUCUGGACGGGCUCUUCAACCUCAUCCAGCAGAAGAUCGAGCUGCCGGUGACCGACAACGUCCAGACCAUCCCCCCGCCCUUCGUGGUCAGAACCAUCCUGGUGUUCGGGCGCCCGCGCUGCCAGCCCCACUUCUGUGGGGGCGAGCCCGUCAAGAAGUUGCUGCAGUGCCCCUAUUUCUUCUUCGACGUCGUUUACAUCCACAACGGGCUGGACGAGAAGGAGGACGAGAGCAGCUGGAAGGACAUGUUCGGGUUUUUCGGCAGCCUGGACACCAAAGGCACCAACUACAAGUACGAGGUGGCGCUGGCGGGGCCGGCGCUGGAGCUGCACAACUGCAUGGCCAAGCUGCUGGCGCAUCCCCUGCAGCGGCCCUGCCAGAGCCACGCGCACUACGGGCUGCUGGACGGCGGCGACAGCCCCGACAGCGAGGCCACCGUGUGAGGGGACGGCCCCGACAGCGAGGCCACCGUGUGAGGGGACAGCCCCGACACCGCGGCCACCGUGUGAGGGGACAGCCCCGACACCGCGGCCACCGUGUGAGGGGACAGCCCCGACACUGCGGCCACCGUGUGAGGGGACAGCCCAGCCCGCCGGGGCCGCGGCACGGGGAGCGCAAAGAGAAUUUUCCGGA